AUGGGAACCCUUCUUCCACCUUCCACGAAUGUAUCUCAAAGAGAAAUGGAAGGACAAUCCAACCCUCCAGAAAAGCUUGAUGCUGGAGCACUGUUUGUGCUUAAAUCUAGAGGAUCAUGGUUACAUUGUGGAUACCACUUGACAACAUCAAUUGUAGCUCCAGCACUUCUUAGUCUUCCAUAUGCUCUAUCCUUGAUGGGCUGGUUUGCUGGUGUUUUAUGCCUGACAGUGGCAGCUCUCGUCACAUUCUACGCCUAUAAUCUUUUGUCAUUGGUUUUAGAGUACCAUGCGCAGCUUGGACAGCGUCAGCUUCGGUUUCGGGAUAUGGCAAGAGAUAUAUUAGGACCACGUUGGGGCAGAUACUUUGUUGGUCCAAUCCAAUUUGGCUUAUGCUAUGGUGCAGUCAUUGCUUGUGUCCUGCUUGGAGGACAGAGCCUGAAGUACAUUUAUCGGCUAUCUAGCUCAAAGGAGAGCAUGCAACUGUACCAGUUUGUUAUCAUCUUUGGUAUCCUGAUGCUAAUCCUGGCCCAAAUCCCAUCCUUUCACUCCCUGAGGCAUAUCAACAUGAUCUCUCUAGUCCUUUGUCUUUCGUAUACUGCUUGUGCCACUGCUGGUUCCAUUUAUGUUGGAAAUUCUAAGAAUGCACCUGCCAAGGACUAUUCUGUAAAAGGAAGUGGUCAGAAUCGCGUCUUUGAAUCCUUCACUGCUAUCUCAAUCAUCGCAACCACCUACGGGAAUGGUAUCAUUCCUGAAAUACAGGCAACGAUAGCACCUCCAGUGAAGGGGAAAAUGUUUAAAGGAUUGUGUGUGUGCUAUGCUGUUGUAUUGACGACCUUUAUCAGUGUUGCUAUAUCGGGGUAUUGGGCAUUUGGCAACCAGGCGGCAGGAACAACAGUCCUAGCUAAUUUUAUGGUUGAUGGAACGCUUUUGUUGCCUACUUGGGUUCUCUUGAUGACCAAUGUUUUCACCCUCCUGCAAGUGGCAGCUGUUGCUGUGGUUUAUCUGCAACCAACGAAUGAAGCGCUUGAGCGCAAGUUUGUAGAUGCAAAGCUUGAUCAAUUCUCCAUCCGGAAUGUUGUACCAAGGCUGGCUUACAGGUCAUUAUCUGUGGUCAUAGCAACAACUCUUGCUGCAAUGUUCCCUUUCUUUGGAGACAUCAAUGCCGUAAUUGGGGCAUUUGGAUGCAUACCCCUUGAUUUUGUUUUACCAAUGGUCUUCUACAAUGUUACUUUCAAGCCCUCCAAGCAGGGGAUUCUGUUUUGGGUGAACACAUUGAUUGCCACAAUCUUUUCUGUUUUAGGAGUGCUGGGGGCGAUUUCCUCGAUACGGCAAAUAGUUCUUGAUGCCAAUACUUAUAGCUUUUUUGCUAACGUGGAUUGA